AUCUGUUUUUAUGUUUGCCCCGCAUGUUGUUGUUGUUUUUUACCCAGCAUGCUUUGCUGUAGUGCACACUGUGGUAAAUGAAGAGACUUUAACAAGUGGAAGUUUGUGUUGUUCUGCUUUGUGGUUAAGCACAAAUUGUGAACAUACAUGUUGGUCGACUAGCGUAACUUAUGGUACUUGAGUUUUACAAAGUCUGUCACUAUAUACACUAACAUAACAGUACUGUGAUUUUUAUAAUUCUGUAUUUGUAAAUGUUUUGGAGAAAUUAUAUGAUUUGUUGGGAUUUGAAGAGAAUAAAUGGCUUGUGCAUUAAAGUCUCCUUGCACAUGCUGUACGUCAGCCAAACAUUGCAACCCGCCACUCAAAGUUCAAGCCUUAACUUUAAACAGUGUUGACUUAAACCACACUAUUGGUUAUUUAAACGUUAGAUCAGUAAACACGUGAUUUCUGUCUUUACAAUGGCAAGUCCAACUGUGACAGUUUUCACAUUUUCCUCUUAUAUUGGCCUACUUAUGCGUAUCCUUUCAGGUUUGAAAAAUGUUCUUAAUGUACAUAUUAAAUUAAAUACUGUAAUUCCAUAAUUAACUGUAUUCAAUGAACAAUGAACAUUUGUCUUAUAUCACUUUAAUCUUUUGGUAGGGGACUCUGUUGAUGACAGAAAUGCUCUUGGGUUUGGUCUCUAAUGUGACAUCUUUGCCCCGAAAAAGUGAAAGCUAGACCCCAACAAUUCCUAUCCUCUCUGGUGUUUGUCCCCAGCAUCAUUCUACUCUCCUUCUGGACAUCAGCAGCUCUGUUUAUUUGCAAGACAUUUGCUCGCCGUGUUAUUUGUUGCUUUAGUUUAUAGCUGUUUCUUCUGAUUGGACUAGAGAGUAUUGGAGCAAAUAUACACUUUACAAAUGCGUUUUAUAUGAUUUGUGUGUUUGGUCUGUUAAAUGCAGUUUUCGGGGUGUUGUUGAUGUCGGUGACAGCAUUUGUCUGACUUUAGUUUGAAAGAGUCUUAAAGUGUGUUUAUACGCUGUGGAUUAUGUUAAAAAUGGCAAUGGCACAAAACACAACAGAAUGAAUGAAGUCACAUGCUGCAUGCAUGAGAACUCACAAACACAUGCACACACACACACUAGUAAAUGCACAAUUUUUUUAAAUAUUUUCCGAGUGUUUAUUAUUUAAUAGAAAUACUACAUAUCUCAUAUUAAUGCAGCAAGCACUACAAGCUCCAUAAAUCUUUUGCUAGUCUGUUCCACUUCCGCAUUCUGUGCUUGCGUGUGAGCUCAGGCGAGCUGCAUCGUGCCUGCGUCAUCCGGCCCCUUCAUUCAUGAAAAGUGUCGUCAGCAGCCUCAGCGCAACUGACGCCCACUCAGCUGCUGCGGCUGUAGAGAGCAGCAUCUCUCUCCCUCUCCCUCUGUCUCUCUCUCGCUCGCUCUCUAUCACUGCCGACUGUUUCUGCUGUGUCUCUGAUGGAGAAGGAUCUUACCUCUCAGCUCUGCACAUCCAAAACCUGAAGUGGUCUCUAAAGCCUCGUCGCACGCUUCCUUCAGGUCGGGCGUCUGCCCAUGCACACGCACAGCACCAUGGGUAGCUCCCCGGAGGUGCUGUCCUGGACUACGUGUCCCAGCCUGCUGGUGGGAAAGCUAAAAGAGGAGCUCAAACUCACCGUCGGGGACUCCAUGAAGAAAACCAAUAGCAACGUUUCUCCCCAAGCUCUGCCCCCUCCCCCUCCUCCUCCACCACCACAGAUCAUCACGGACUUGGCUCCGCCCACCACGCUUCCCAUGCCGCUGCAACAGCUGCAGCUCCCGUGCAGGGACGACGAGCCGGGCGGCACCAGUCCUCCGUGCACCGCCUUGAGCGAGGACUCCACCAGGGAACACUUCGAAAACAGCGUGCUGCAGCUCCAGGAGCACGAGGAGGCGGGGACGCCCGGCUCCUGCGGUCAGGGAGGGUGCGGGAGUGGCGGAGAGGAGAAAAACGACGAGGGCGGGUGUCCGAUGGACCAUAGUGGGGACGACACGCACAACCAUCCACACGAUGACAUCAAACUGCACUUCCAUAGAGCCGGGAACGGAGGGGGCUUUCUGGAGGGCCUGUUCGGGUGUUUGAGGCCGGUGUGGAAUAUUAUCGGAAAGACGUACUCGACGGAGUACAAACUACAGCAGCAAGCAGACAUGUGGGAGGUGCCCUUCGAGGAGAUCUCUGAACUGCAGUGGCUGGGAAGCGGCGCUCAGGGCGCGGUGUUCCUCGGAAAGUUUUACACGGAGGAGGUCGCGAUUAAGAAGGUCAGAGAGCAGAAGGAAACGGAUAUCAAACACCUUCGCAAACUGAAGCACCCGAACAUCAUCAGCUUCAAGGGUGUGUGCACACAGGCUCCGUGUUACUGCAUUAUCAUGGAGUACUGCGCACAGGGACAGCUCUACGAGGUUCUCCGGGCGGGACGUAAGAUAUCACCGCCGUUACUGGUGGACUGGGCCUCAGGGAUCGCCAGCGGCAUGAACUACCUGCAUCUCCAUAAGAUCAUCCACAGAGACCUCAAAUCACCAAAUGUGUUAGUAACUCAAAACGACAUGGUGAAGAUUUCUGACUUUGGAACAUCUAAAGAGCUCAGUGACAAGAGUACGCAGAUGUCGUUUGCAGGCACCGUCGCGUGGAUGGCACCGGAAGUCAUCCGAAAUGAGCCGGUGUCUGAGAAAGUGGAUAUCUGGUCAUUUGGGGUUGUGUUAUGGGAGCUCCUGACGGGUGAGAUUCCCUAUAAGGAUGUGGAUUCAUCUGCCAUCAUCUGGGGCGUGGGCAGUAACAGUCUCCACCUGCCUGUGCCCUCCACCUGUCCUGACGGCUUCAAAAUACUCAUGAAGCAGACCUGGCAGGGUAAACCCAGGAACCGACCGUCCUUCAGGCAGAUCCUGUUACACCUGGACAUCGCCUCUGCUGACGUGCUGGGGACCCCACAGGAGACCUACUUCAAAUCUCAGGCUGGAUGGAGAGAAGAGGUGAAGAAACAUUUUGAGAAGAUAAAGAGUGAAGGCACUUGCAUCCAUCGACUGGACGAGGAGCUGAUUCGCCGCAGACGAGAUGAGCUCAGACAUGCUUUAGACAUCCGGGAGCAUUAUGAGAGAAAACUGGAGAGAGCCAAUAAUCUGUACAUGGAGCUCAGUGCCAUCAUGCUCCAGCUGGAGGUGCGAGAGAAGGAUCUCCUCAAGAGAGAGCAGGCUGUAGAGAAAAAAUAUCCCGGCUCAUAUAAACGCCACCUGGUUCGGCCCAUCGUCCGGUCCAACGCUGUUGAAAAGCUCAUUAAGAGAAAGAGUACCAUAAACCACAAACCCGGGACACAGACGCCCAAGAGGCCGGAUCUGCUGCGCUCUGAUGGCAUUCCCAGCGCCGAGCCGCUUUCUGCCCCUUCUCCGCUGUCAGGCAGCCCAAAAGUGUCCACGCCGCCUGGAAAGAGCCGUUACCGCAGUAAACCCCGCCACCGCAGGGUAAACAGCAAAGGCAGCCACAGCGAGUUCCCCGGCGCUCUGAAACCCACCACCGGACCGUCAGAAGAACAACAACCCCUGCAAGAACAAAACUAUCACCACCACCAUCCCGAGGGUCCCGUUCUUCCAGCGCAGAACAGGGAUAACGCCGUGGCCACCUGCGCUAACAACCUGCGUUAUUUCGGCCCGGCCGCCGCCCUACGCAGCCCGCAGACCGACCACCUCCAACGGAGGCUUUCCGGCUCCAGCCCCGAUCUCAUCUCUACUGCGAUGGAUGCGGAUAUCCGGCACCGCAGGUCCUCCGUACCUCCCGCCGCGGGGUCCGGACCGGGGCCGCUGUGUCCCUGCUGCCAGGCGCAUCCCUUCCCCGGCUGCAUGCACUGCCAGGAGACGCCCGCUGCACCCAGCCACCCACAACUCCCUCACUACUCACUGCUGAGCACGUGUGAGGGGACACCGCCCACCGUCAAACGACCUCUGGGGUCCACGGCUGACGUCCGAGGAGAAGCCGAACGGGCGGAUCAGGGAUCUCCUCGAGGAAGCUUGUCCGGCGGGCUGCUGCACACGCUCAGACCCCUCAGAAAGGCGGGAGACGAGUCCUCUGAGGAAGAGGAGGGUGAAGUGGACAGUGAGGUGGAGUUUCCACGGAGACAGAGGCCUCAUCGCUGCAUGAACAGUUUUCAGUCGUACUCCACCUUCAGUUCUGAGAAUCUGUCUGUGUCGGACGGUGAGGAGGGGAACACCAGCGAUCACUCCCGCAGCGGCCCGCUGGAGCAGCUCAGCGGCAGUCAGGAGGAACAUCUGGAUGAGCUUCUGUCUCACACGCCCGAGAUCCCCAUCGAUAUCUCACUGCAGUCUGACGGGCUGUCUGAUAAAGAGUGUGCCGUGCGCCGGGUGAAGACGCAGAUCUCUCUGGGCAAACUGUGUGCUGAUGAGCACGGCUACGAGAACCCGCUUCAUUUUGGAGAUUCCGACUGUGAUACCUCGGAUGCGGAGUGCUCUGACGCCACCAUCAGGAACAAACAGCCCUGUGCACCCUCCUCCUGGUGAACUCCAAACACGCCGGAGCCUUCGGAGGAAACCACGGCAAUAAUCGAAGCCUGCUAUAAACAGCCAUGACCCUUGACCUAUUUUAUCUUCAACCAGGGACUAGCCCCUCCCAUACUCCACCCCUCCCUCUCUCUCUCUCUCUGAGCAACCUCAGGCAGAUUCUUCUCAAGUGAAAAUGUAGCUAGUGUAACAUGCAUAAUUUAUUUUUAUUAUGAGUUGGAGGAGACGCAAACAAAUUCAGGAACUCGAGUCGCGGAUAUGGUACGGAUUGUGUGUGGAGUAUUAGCACUGAAGUGUUCCAAACCACAAUCCUUUAGUUUAGCAGAUGUGUUAGGGUUAGAUCGCAACCAUGACUGUGGUGUGGGAGUACGUGUGUGUAUAUACAUCCGUAGUUACGAGACGGAACAUUUCUGGGUGCGCAGCUCGAGGAUCCAUUCCACGAAAAAAAAAAUCCCUCUGGUAAAGACUAGCUUACCUGCUACUCCCCGAGUUUACAGAAAGCGCCCUACACCCUACUGAGGGAAAUCAGGGCAACUUUAGCUCGAGCACCAGCAGGAACUAUAAUCCUCCUUCGUUCUCUUCAUUUUAUCCACUUCCAAAAUAUGGAAUUUAUUUCCCAGCAUUCCUGCUCGGUCGGCAUUUAUGAGCCAAUCAGACUGCUGCUGCUGCCGGCCUCUGCAGAUGAACAGAAAGCGAGUGAGCUGCUGUCUUAAAAACCACGUCUUCAAUGAACAAAUCAGUGUUUAAACUGGACCAGAGCAGCGUUUCCUCUCAUCUCAGGACUGCGUGUGAAGAGAUGCUGUGGACGGCCAGAGGAUGACCAGCACCAUCCCUUGGCUUGCUUGUUUCCACGGUGCAAAAGUGUGACAUCGGCCCUGUCAUGUGACUAUUGGUCACAUUUAUCUUAAGGUGAAACCCAACGACAUGGACAUUCUGGAGAUGCAGUGUCCCUUGAGAUUUUUCUUUUCUUAAAUGAGUGUUGUUCGUCUUCUGCUGGUGUUUGUGUGUAUGUUAGUGUUUAUGUGGACCACAAAAGCACAGAUGUGUUGUUUAAGGGUGAAUCGGCAAUAACACGGGUUAUGUGCUCAGGCUGUUGAGAAUCUUUUGCUCAGGUUGACUGUCUAGCAGGCUGGACAGAUUUACUGUUUGCAGUAAACUGUUGUGAGAAAGUCAGAAGCAAAUUUCAAAAGACGUCUAUUUUUACAGCUUGAGUUCAAUAUUUUUACACAUCGAGGUUUUGGAGUAAAAAAAGAAUGAAAGAAACAGAAAAAGAAAUGAAGGUUGCAUGUUUUUUGCUGGUUAAACGCUCAGGUUAAAUGCGCACGAGUCUCCGCUAAAACACGUUCGUCGGUUUUGUUUUGGCUGUUUAGGAAUGCAGAUGAGCAAUAUGAUCAAAAACUUUGGCCAAGUGAACCGUGAAAAUCGUAGAAGCGACAAAAGCAGAAUCUCUUAAAUGACUCUUUCACGUUUGUAUGCCAUGAAAUGAACACAUCAUAAAGGCAAAAUGUUGAAUGCUCCCUCAUCUGUAAAUCGCUUUGCAUAAAGCAUCUGCUAAAUGAAUAAGUGUAAAUAAGUGUAGCAAGCAAGAAACAUGUAUGCUAACAGUUUAACCCGUCUGAUGUGAACUGUUUUUACAUUAAAAGAAACAUUAGCAGGCACGGUCGUAUUCUCAUCCGGCGCUUUAGAGUCUGCAUUUUAUUAUCUUAUCUAAAGAACGUGGCCUGUGUUAUUUAAUAUUCUCUUCUGUAAAUGUUUGUCUUGUGUUUUCUUGUCAAAGGGACACCGCAUCUUCCAGCAUGUCUAUGUGUGAUGUUGCAGUCGUGUGUUUUUAGAUGUAGAUGUUAUAGCGCUAGAUAAAAUGCCAUCAUGGGUUAAACGUGAUGCCAGACAGCGAAUGGCACGAGAAAUGAACUGUGAAUGGUAUUUUCGUUUAUUUGCAGCGUAUAAGAUGUACCGUAAGCUUGUAAGUACUGUCAUUCCGAGCAAACUUGCAAGUGAUUCUCUGAUAAAGUGACAGUAUCUUUGAAUCUGCAGAAAAAACCUGCUGUGUGUUUCAGCAGCACAUGAACAAAUCCGAAGCCAUGUGGAAACAAACAUGAAAUCAAAACUCACCCUGUUUACUUUCUUGUUCCUUACAUGUUCCUGGUGUUAAAGUACACGAUACUGUACUUCAUAUUUAACAUUCGAUGCGUUCUUUGUUUUUGUUUUUCUCUCAAAAUGCAAUAACUUGGGCGUAAAAUGAGUUGUAAAUGCAAACUCGGUUUCAUGUUGACUUCAUCACGCAGCCAUUAUUAUUAUAUGGAUUUUAUUUCUCCUGUGAGACAAAAUAUUUGGCUUUGAUUUGUUUAAUUUUGUAAACACGUUGUAAUAGUAAUGAGGGUUAACGGCACACAUAUUUAUUCUUGUGUUUUGGUAAAGAUCCUGCAGGGUUUCCAGUGGGUGAUGUAGGAAGUCUUGUGUCUUUUUUUGGCCAUUAUAAAUCCUGUAAAAUAUGAUUUUUAUUUAAUUUUAUUUAAUUUGCAGUUUUUUUCUUGUUUGUAGCUGGUCUACAUGAUUGCGAACUUAAUUUAUUUUCUGUUCUUUCUUUUUUUCUUCUAUACGUCUCGUGUCUGAUGAAGUAUUACUGAAGAAUGUUCAGUUGUGAGACGGUGAUUUACAUGAAUAGUAUGAAUAACUCAAUGUCUGUCCUAAACGUUUUUUGUUUGUUUUGUUAAUGGAACACAAAAGAGAAAAAUUUAUUCAGAAAUAAUGCAGGGUUCAAACCACAUGAGGGCGAGUUAAUAACGACACAAUUGUCCCUUUAAGAGUUUGAAACGGGUGCUGCACGGAUACUCAUCUCUAGAUGUGAGCACAGGGAGUCGACUUGAAAAGUAUAUACUGUACGUUUUUCUUUCUUAAUCUCACCGUCUCUGUCCUCUUCACAUGUACCGUUUUUAAUUGCUUUGUCCUCUGUCAUAUACAGUACAGGUAUUUUAAGAUGAACUAUUUUUGUGCAGAAAUAUCUUCAGCUCUGGGCUCAUUGUGUCGCUCCAUUGCUUCUCUUGAAUGGUAUUAUGAUCAACCAAUCCUGAGGUUUGUCCUGUAAUAGCCUGUGUACAGUGCGACAGGAGUGACGUGUAAAAUUACAGCAGAAUAACUGCAUGGAAUAAACACUGAUGUACUGUACCAAA